GUUCCUUCCCAUUUCUCCGGCGAGCAGCAGAGGCAGAGGAAGAGGUCGAGCAGCGGUGGCGAUGAUGACCAUGGAUCUGAUGGGGAGGUACGGCCGCGCGGAGGAGCAGGUGGCCAUCCAGGAGGCGGCCGCGGCGGGGCUGCGCGGGAUGGAGCACCUCAUCCUGCAGCUCUCCCGGACAGGCACCACCGAGGACGGCUCGUCCUCGGAGACCCCGGGGCAGGCACAGCAUCAGCCGCAGCAGCAGCAGGCGGUGGACUGCCGGGAGAUCACCGAUAUGACGGUGUCCAAGUUCAAGAAGGUCAUCUCCAUCCUCAACCACCGCACGGGCCACGCGCGCUUCCGGCGCGGCCCCGUGGUGGCGCAGUCCCAGGGCCCCUCCGUGUCCGAGCCUGCGCCGGCGCCGGCCAGGGCGGCGUCGUCGCUGGCGUCGAGGCCCGUGACGCUGGACUUCGGCGGCAGGUCGGCGGCGGCCGGGUACGGGAUGAGCAUGAGCAGCAAGGACGCCGGGUACAGCGUGUCGGCCGCCAGCUCGUCGUUCCUGUCGUCGGUGACGACCGGCGAAGGGAGCGUGUCCAACGGGCGCGGGGGCGGGUCCUCGCUGAUGCUCCCGCCGCCGCCCUCGGCCAGCUGCGGGAAGCCGCCGCUGGCGUCCGCCGCCGCCGGGCCGAAGCGCAAGUGCCACGACCACGCGCACUCCGAGAACGUCGGUGGCGCCGCCGGUGGACGCUGCCACUGCUCCAAGCGCAGGAAGUCGCGGGUGAAGCGUAUGACCCGCGUCCCGGCGAUCAGCUCGAAGGCGGCGGAGAUCCCGGCGGACGACUUCUCGUGGCGCAAGUACGGGCAGAAGCCCAUCAAGGGCUCGCCAUACCCACGCGGGUACUACAAGUGCAGCACGGUUCGCGGUUGCCCUGCGCGGAAGCACGUGGAGCGCGACCCCAGCGACCCGGCCAUGCUCAUCGUGACCUACGAGGGCGACCACCGCCACACCCCCGCCGACCAGGAGCCGCUCCCGGAGCUGCACAAGCUCUGAAGUCUCUUGCUCCCGCUGUUACUACAGCAGCAACCUGUUAAUUAAUCUUAGCUUGUCGUCCUGUUCCCUUUGUGACCCUAUAGGUAGAGCUUCCUUUUUCUUCAGUGUAUUAGUGUACCAGUACUAAGGUCUAAGCAGCAUGUAAAAGCAACAAAUUAGGAAGAAGAAGAAGCUUUGAGCAGCUUUGGUUCGGCUGUGGAAGAAAAAUGUGAGUGGUAGGGAAGAUAAAGAAGAAGAUUCGUACUGA